GAAUCAGCGGCCCCACCCAGUACUGGGAGGUAACGCGCAGAGUAGAAGGCGCAGGCGGUGGGGUCAGCUUCCCUUCUCCAGGUACGAAGUUUUCCCGCACCUAGCUCCCGACUUUGCUCUUUUCAGCCGCGGAGACAGCUCGGGGCUGCAGAUGGAGAAACUGAGGUACAGAGAUUAAGGAACUUGCCUAAUAUCACAUGCUACUGAAGUCCAAGCAUGCAUUGUGGAAUGUGAUGAGCUCUUUGAGAAAGACAGGAAGUAGGACUGGACGUGAGGCUCUCAUAGGGCUGAAGAUGACUUGAACCUUGCCAAUGGACCUGAUUGGUUUUGGUUAUGCAGCCCUGGUGACAUUCGGAAGCAUUUUGGGAUAUAAGCGGAGAGGUGGUGUUCUGUCUUUGAUUGCUGGUCUUUCCGUUGGAUUUUUGGCUGGCUGUGGAGCUUACCGUGUCUCCAAUGACAAGCGAGACGUAAAAUUGUCCCUGUUUACAGCUUUCUUCCUGGCCACCAUAAUGGGGGUGAGGUUUAAGAGAUCCAAGAAAAUCAUGCCAGCUGGGCUGGUUGCAGGUUUAAGCCUCAUGAUGAUCCUGAGACUUGUCUUACUGCUGCUCUGAGAAUCCGCAGGAACUGAAAACUAAAUUUGAGUCAUUCUGCUGUAAUGGGCAGAGCCUACUCUUUGUAUUGAAAAGAUAAAUUCCAAUAUGGAAUGUUCACCGUGGUCUUAUUUUAUGGUAGAAACUGCAAAAGAAACACUGUCACCUCUAAUAUGGACACUGGUUUGAGGGAUUUUUUUUUUUUUUAAACAAAUGGUUUAACUGUUUUCUAAUCGUCAGGUACUGGUUUCAUUAAAGGUAUUUAAUAAAUCGUGAUACACUGUUUGAUUUGC